AUGGAUAUAGAAAGUAUUAAUAUUAACCGAGGCCUCCUAUGCUUGGGGAAUGUGAUCAGUGCUCUUGGAGAUGACAAAAAGGGUGGCUUUGUGCCCUAUAGAGAUUCCAAGUUGACGCGAUUGCUUCAAGAUUCUUUAGGAGGUAAUAGCCACACUCUUAUGAUAGCCUGUGUGAGUCCUGCUGACUCCAAUCUAGAAGAAACAUUAAAUACCCUUCGCUAUGCUGACAGAGCAAGAAAAAUCAAGAACAAACCCAUUGUUAAUAUUGAUCCCCGGACAGCUGAACUUAAUCAUCUGAAGCAACAGGUACAGCAGCUACAGGUCUUGUUGCUACAAGCCCAUGGAGGUACCCUGCCUGGAUCUAUAAAUGUGAAACCAUCAGAGAAUCUACAGUCUUUGAUGGAGAAGAAUCAGUCCCUGGUGGAGGAGAAUGAAAAAUUAAGUCGUGGUCUGAGUGAGGCAGUUGGUCAGACAUCCCAGCUAUUGGAGAGGAUCAUUGUGACAGAACAAGCGAAUGAAAAAAUGAAUGCCAAGCUAGAAGAACUCAAGCAGCAUGCAGCCUGUAAAGUGGAUCUUCAAAAGCUAGUGGGAAAUUUGGAAGACCAGGAAUUAAAAGAAAAUGUAGAGAAAAUUUGUAACCUACAGCAACUGAUUAACCAGAUAUCGGAUGAAACUGUUGCUUGCAUGGCUGCAGCCAUUGAUGCUGGAGUGGAUCCAGAAGCUCAAGUGGAAACCUGUCUACAGACAAGUAGAUCUUCUGAUGGAUUCACCACUCAACAUGUUCUCCGUCAAGCUCAGAUGUCUAAGGAGCUGGUUGAGUUGAAUAAAGCCCUUGCACUGAAAGAGGCCCUAGCCAGGAAGAUGACUCAGGAUGGCAGCCAGUUACAGCCAAUUCAGUUCCAGUACCAGGAUAACAUAAAAAAUCUAGAAUUGGAAGUCAUCAAUCUGCAAAAGGAAAAGGAAGAAUUGGUUCUUGAACUUCAGACAACAAAAAAGGAUAUCAACCAAGCCAAGUUGAGUGAGCGCCGCCGCAAACGUCUUCAGGAGCUAGAGGGUCAAAUAACUGAUCUAAAGAAGAAACUGAAUGAACAGUCCAAACUUCUGAAGCUGAAAGAAUCCACAGAACAUACCAUCUCCAAACUGAACCAGGAGAUACGGGUGAUGAAAAACCAACGGGUACAGUUAAUGCGUCAGAUGAAAGAGGAUGCUGAGAAGUUUAGACAAUGGAAGCAACAAAAAGACAAAGAAGUAAUCCAAUUAAAAGAACGGGACCGAAAGAGGCAAUAUGAGCUGCUCAAACUCGAAAGAAACUUCCAGAAACAGUCUAAUGUGCUUAGACGUAAAACUGAAGAGGCAGCAGCUGCCAACAAGAGGCUCAAGGAUGCUCUCCAAAAACAACGGGAGGUCGCAGAUAAGCGGAAAGAGACUCAGAGCCGUGAAAUGGAAGGCACUGCAACUCGAGUGAAGAGUUGGCUUGGAAAUGAAAUUGAGGUUAUGGUCAGUACUGAGGAAGCCAAACGCCAUCUGAAUGACCUUCUUGAAGAUAGGAAGAUCCUGGCUCAGGAUCUGGCUCAACUCAAAGAACAAAAGGAAUCUGGGGAGAAUCUACCUUCUAAAUUCCGGAGGCGCACAUUCUCAGUUGCUGAACUUCAUGGUCAAGUUUCUGAGUCAGAGGAUUCCAUUACAAAGCAGAUUGAAAGCCUAGAGACUGAAAUAGAACUCAGGAGUGCUCAGAUUGCUGACCUUCAGCAGAAGCUACUGGAUGCAGAAAGUGAAGACAGGCCAAAACAUCGCUGGGAGAAUAUUGCUACCAUUCUGGAAGCCAAGUGUGCAAUGAAAUAUUUAAUUGGAGAACUGGUCUCCUCCAAGAUACAGGUCAGCAAGCUUGAAAGCAAUCUGAAACAGAACAAGGCCAGCUGUGCUGACAUGCAGAAGAUGCUGUUUGAGGAACGAAAUCAUAUUGCUGAAAAAGAGACAGAGUUACAGGCAGAGCUGUUCAGAAUGGAGCAACAGCACCAAGAGAAGGUGUUGUACCUUCUCAGCCAGUUGCAGCAAAGCCAGAUGGCAGAGAAGCAGCCAGAAGUGUCAGUCAGUGAAAAGAAACAACAGCUGCGGAGCACACUGAAGUGUCAGGAAGAAGAACUUGAGAAGAUGCAAGAAGUGUAUGCUCAAAAUAAGCAGCUUCUCCGAGAGAAUGAAAUCAUAAAGCAGAAACUGACUCUCCUCCAAGUAGCCAGCAAACAGAAACCUCAUCUUCCUAAGGAUACCCUUCUCUCUCCAGACUCUUCUUUUGAAUAUAUCCCACCUAAGCCAAGACCUUCCCAUUUUAAAGAAAAGUUCCUGGAGCAAAGCAUGGACAUCGAUGAUCUAAAAUAUUAUUCAGAGCAUUCUGUGAAUGAGCCUGAGGAUGGUGAUAUUGACGAUGGGGAUGAUGAGGAAUGGAAGCCAACAAAAUUAUUUAAGAUACCCAAGAAGAACAUCCAAGUGUGUUCCUGCAAGGGAUGGUGUGGGAAUAAGCAGUGUGGGUGCAGGAGACAGAAGUUGAACUGUGGCGUGGACUGCAGCUGUGACCCCACAAAGUGUAGGAACCGUCAGCAAGACAAGGAUAGCUUGGGAACUGUUGAGAGGACCCAGGAUUCCGAAGGUUCCUUCAAACUGGAGGAUCCCACAGAAGUGACCCCAGGAUUAAGCUUCUUCAACCCUGUCUGUGCCACUCCAAACAGUAAGAUCCUGAAAGAGAUGUGUGAAGUGGAGCAGGUUCUGUUAAAGACUGCUCCAGACACCUCCUCCCUUGGCCUCCCAGACUUGAAACAUGUAGCCACAGAAUCCCAAGAAAAUAAAGCUCCAGGGAAGAAAAAGAAACGAGCUCUGGCCAGCAAUGUCAGCUUCUUUUCCGGCUGCUCCCCUAUUGAAGAAGAGGCUCCCUAAAAUUGGACUCAUCUCUGCCCCAGUCUGGCUUACAAGACACCUUCUGGUUGCAGCCAGAGGAGGUUUUUUAAUGACUCCUCUACAUUUCAGGUUUCUUGCUGUUGAUAAAAGGGACAGCAUGUCACUGAAAAGGAAGGAAUUUUGUUGGCUCGGUCCUCAGUCUCUAGCCCUCCAGCCCCAGACUAUUGCUCUCUCCUCUCUAGAAGGGUGCUAAACUGCCUGCUGAAGACAGAACCAGCUGACCUUCCUGCUGACUCUUUGGGAACCAAUCCCCAGUACAGUCAAGCUCUUUCUGAUUUGCCAGUAGUUCAGGCUGCCUCCCAGGGCUGUCUUAUCUCUAGGCUCUCUCAGCUUAAUGACAGAGCCUACCCUGGGUGGGACGCCUGACACCCAUCUUUCAACCCACCUCAGGAAGUGGCUCUUCAUGGUCCUGAGGUAA